CGCUGAGGCAGCACUUGGCCUCCUUGCUCUGCUGUCCUGCUAAGGAGCAGGUGCCCCCGGAGUCGGGGGGGUCGAGUGGGGAGCUCCUGCUCUCUGCCUUCAUGACCUGGACAAGCUUUCCACACUGCAGGUGCCUCAGCUGCAGCCCCGAGAGCUGUGGGGGCCAGGAGGAAGGAGGGCAGGCAAGGGCCGGCUGCCAGCAGCUCUCAGGGACCAGCCAUCUGCAGCUUCUUUGCCGUUUGAAGAGGACCCACAGGGAGAUCAUCAUAGAGCUGGGGAGCCCCAGAUUUGAGGACCUGGAGCAGGUGGUGGGUGGUGAGGAAGGGAAGGAUAAGCUGGAGGGAGUUAGAAACAGGGAGGCAGCCCCCCCACGGUUUUUGACAAGGGGUGAGGGCAGCUGGGAGCCUUGGCCCCAAAGGAGGAGGAGGAGGAGUGUGAACAGCCCGCCACAGUUCAAGCUGCCCAACUACCAGGUGUCGAUUGCUGAGAACCAGCCUGCAGGCACCCCGGUCAUCACCCUGGAAGCCCACGACCCUGACGAAGGGGAGGCAGGUCGGCUGACGUAUUCCAUGGAGGCCUUUUUUGACAAGCGUUCCAAUGAUUACUUCUCCAUCAACUCUGAGACCGGAGUAGUGGUCACUGCUCGUAGCCUGGAUCGAGAGACUAAGGACACCCAUGUGCUUCAAGUGACGGCAACAGACCAUGGCUCUCCACGGCAUCGGUCAGCCAUCACUUUUCUGACCGUGACUGUGAGUGACACUAAUGACCACGGCCCGGUGUUUGAGCAGCCGGAGUACCGAGAGAACAUUAGAGAGAAUCUUGAGGUGGGUUACGAGGUGCUAACGAUUCGUGCCACAGAUGAAGAUGCCCCAGAUAAUGCUAACUUGCUCUAUCAAAUCUUGGAACCAGGUGCUGGGGAGGGGGUCUUUGAGAUUGACCCCCACUCUGGUGUUGUGAGGACUUGUGCCCCUGUAGACCGAGAACAGGUCUCAGAAUACCACCUUGUCGUAGAAGCGAAUGACCAAGGGAAGGAUCCAGGCCCCCGAAGUGCCACAGUCACCGUGCAUAUCACAGUGGAAGACGAAAAUGACAAUUCCCCACAGUUCAGUGAGAAACGCUACUUGGUACAAAUCCCAGAGGACAGCCCGGUGAACAGCCAGGUGCUCCAGGUGCAAGCCACUGAUCGAGAUCAUGGCAACAAUGCGCAGGUACACUAUAGCAUUGUGAGCGGCAACCUCAAGGGCCAGUUUUACAUCCAUUCUUUCUCUGGCUCUAUUGACUUGAUCAAUCCCUUGGACUAUGAGGCUAUUCGAGAAUACACCCUGAGAAUCAAGGCCCAGGAUGGGGGAAGGCCUCCCCAGAUCAAUUCUAGCGGGAUGGUGUCCAUUCAAGUGUUAGAUGUAAAUGACAAUGCCCCCAUUUUUGUAAGCACCCCUUUUCAAGCCACUGUACUAGAGAAUGUCCCCUUGGGGUACUCAGUGUUACACAUUCAGGCAGUAGACGCUGACUCUGGGGAUAACGCCCGCUUGGAAUACAAACUCAUCGAACUGCCUCAUCCUUCUGCUCUCAUUUCCUCAGGUGGGGACACAGGUUUCCCUUUCCAGAUCAACAAUAGUACUGGAUGGAUUACUGUGUCAGCUGAGCUUGACCGGGAAUCUGUAGAGGUUUACCACUUUGGGGUGGAGGCCAGGGACCAUGGUGUGCCUGUCAUGACCUCCUCAGCCAGUGUCUCCAUCACCGUCCUUGAUGUCAAUGAUAACAGCCCUACUUUCACGGAAAAGGUUUAUCAACUCAGGCUUAAUGAGGAUGCGGCAGUGGGCAGCAGCGUCUUGACACUGACCGCAGUGGACAGGGAUGUCAACAGUGUGGUGACCUACCAGAUCACGAGUGGCAACACAAGGAAUCGCUUUGCUAUCACCAGUCAGAGUGCAGGUGGGCUGAUCACUCUGGCCUUGCCCCUGGAUUACAAGCAGGAGAGGCAGUAUGUGCUGACGGUCACUGCUUCUGAUGGAACCCUGUUUGACACUGUCCAAGUCUUUAUCAAUGUCACCGAUGCCAACACUCACCGACCGGUCUUCCAGAGUUCCCAUUACACGGUGAGUGUUAGUGAAGACAAGCCCAUUGGCACAUCCAUUGUCACCAUCAGUGCCACUGAUGAGGAUACCGGGGAGAAUGCUAGGAUCACUUACAUCCUGGAGGACAGCAUCCCUCAGUUCCGUAUUGACCCUGACACAGGAACCAUCACUACCUUGAUGGAGUUAGACUAUGAGGACCAAGCCUCUUACACGUUGGCCAUCACAGCACAGGACAAUGGCAUCCCUCAGAAAUCUGACACAACCUAUGUGGAGAUCCUCAUUCUGGAUGCCAAUGACAAUGUGCCCCGUUUCCUUCGUGACCGUUAUCAGGGCACUGUCUUUGAAGAUGUGCCACUCUCCACCAGCGUCUUGCAAGUGUCUGCCACUGACCGUGACUCAGGCCCUAAUGGCCGCCUCCUUUAUACCUUCCAGGGUGGAGAUGAUGGUGAUGGAGAUUUUUACAUUGAAGCCACCUCAGGGGUGAUACGGACACUGCGCAAGCUGGACCGUGAGAACGUGGCUGUCUAUAGCCUGAGGGCUUUUGCUGUGGACAGGGGCAGCCCACCCCUAAAAGCCUCUGUGGAUAUCCAGGUUACUGUGUUAGACAUCAAUGACAAUCCACCUGUUUUUGAACAAGAUGAGUUUGACAUCUUUGUGGAAGAGAACAGCCCUGUUGGUUCUAUUGUAGCCCGGAUCAGUGCUGUAGAUCCUGAUGAGGGAACAAAUGCACAGAUCAUGUAUCAGAUUGUGGAGGGCAACAUCCCUGAGGUCUUCCAGCUUGACCUUCUUAAUGGCGAUCUCACAGCCCUGAUGGAUCUGGAUUAUGAGAGCCAGACGGAGUAUGUGAUUGUGGUACAAGCUACCUCAGCCCCUCUUGUGAGCCGAGCGACUGUGCACAUACGCCUGCUGGAUCAGAAUGACAACCCACCUGUGUUACCUGACUUCCAGAUCCUGUUCAACAAUUAUGUCACAAACAAGUCUAAUAGCUUCCCUUCUGGAGUGAUUGGCAAGAUCCCUGCCCAUGAUCCUGAUGUAUCUGACCAACUUGAUUACACCUUUGUCCAGGGCAAUGAGUUAAACUUGCUGCUUUUGGACUCCUCUACUGGAGAACUGAAGCUCAGCCGGGACCUGGACAACAAUAGACCCCUUGAGGCUAUCAUGAAAGUAUCAGUUUCAGAUGGCAUUCAUAGUGUUACAGCUCUUUGCACCUUACGGGUGACAAUCAUCACUGAUGACAUGCUGACCAACAGUAUCACAGUACGACUGGAAAACAUGUCUCAAGAGAAGUUCCUCUCUCCACUACUUGCUCUCUUUGUGGAAGGUGUGGCUACCGUGCUGUCAACAACUAAAGAGGGCAUUUUUGUCUUCAAUAUUCAGAACGACACAGAUGUUAGCUCCAAUAUUCUGAAUGUGACAUUCUCUGCCUUACUUCCGGGUGGCAUUCGGGACAAAUUCUUCCCCUCUGAGGACCUUCAGGAGCAGAUAUACCUCAACAGGACCCUCCUCACUUUGAUAUCUACCCAACGAGUACUGCCUUUUGAUGACAAUAUUUGUCUACGGGAACCUUGUGAAAACUACAUGAAGUGUGUGUCUGUACUUAAAUUUGACAGCUCUGCUCCAUUUAUCAGUUCAAACACUGUCUUGUUCCGACCCAUCCACCCCAUCAAUGGGCUACGGUGUCGGUGUCCCCCAGGGUUUACAGGUGACUACUGCGAAACAGAGAUUGACCUUUGUUACUCCAGCCCUUGUGGAAACAAUGGCCUUUGUCGAAGCCGAGAGGGAGGCUACACUUGUGAGUGUUAUGAAGACUACACGGGAGAGUACUGUGAAGUGAACGCUCGCUCUGGACGCUGUGCACCAGGUGUGUGCAAGAACGGAGGGACCUGUGUUAAUCUGCUCAUAGGAGGCUUCAAAUGUGAGUGCCCCCCUGGUGAAUACGAGAGACCUUACUGUGAGAUGACUACAAGAAGCUUCCCUCCAGAGUCAUUUGUCACCUUCAAGGGCUUAAGGCAACGCUUCCAUUUCACUGUCUCUCUCAUGUUUGCAACCAGAGAAAGGAAUGCCCUGCUUCUCUAUAAUGGGCGUUUUAAUGAGAAGCACGAUUUUAUUGCACUUGAGAUCAUUGAAGAACAGAUCCAGCUGACAUUCUCUGCAGGGGAAACCACUACAACAGUUGCACCAUUUGUUCCAGGAGGUGUUAGUGAUGGACAGUGGCACUCUGUCCAGGUACAGUACUACAACAAGCCGAACAUAGGAAGAUUAGGUAUUCCUCAUGGACCUUCGGGGGAAAAGGUGGCAGUAGUAACAGUAGAUGAUUGUGAUACUGCAGUGGCUGUGCGUUUCGGAAGCUUCAUUGGAAACUACUCAUGUGCUGCUCAAGGAACACAGACCGGCUCCAAAAAGUCUUUGGAUCUUACUGGCCCUUUGCUCCUUGGGGGAGUUCCAAACUUGCCCGAAGAUUUCCCAGUGCACAACAGACAGUUUGUUGGCUGCAUGAGGAACCUCUCCAUUGACAGCAAGCCCAUCGACAUGGCCAGUUAUAUAGCCAACAAUGGCACACUUGCAGGUUGUUUAGCUCAGAAGAAUUACUGCACCACCAACUGGUGUCAAAAUGGAGGCACCUGUGUGAACAAGUGGAACACUUAUGUUUGUGAGUGUCCCCUGAGAUAUGGUGGGAAAAACUGUGAACAAGUAAUGCCUUUUGUUCAGCGUUUUACUGGGGAGAGUGUCAUCAUCUGGAGCGAUCUUGAUAUAACUAUUUCUGUGCCCUGGUACAUUGGUCUAAUGUUUAGAACCCGGAAGGUGAAUGGCAUGUUGAUGCAAGCAAAUGCAGGGGUGUCAUCCAAGAUCAACAUUCAGAUACUGGAUAAAUAUGUAGUGUUUGAAGUCUAUGAUGGUCUGAAUCAGGUGGCCAGUUUGAAGAUGACCCAGUCCCGAAUCAGCGAUGGCGAGUGGCAUCACUUGCUAAUAGAGCUGAAGAGUGCAAAAGAUGGAAAAGAUAUAAAGUACUUGGCUGUUGUGUCUCUGGACUAUGGGAUGUAUCAGAGCACUGUACAGAUUGGAAAUCAGUUACCUGGACUAAAAAUGAAAAGCAUUAUUGUGGGAGGUGUCUCUGGAGAUCAGGUCUCUGUACAGCAAGGCUUCUAUGGCUGUCUCCAGGGAGUGAGAAUGGGGGAAACAUCAACAAAUGUAGCUACGCUGAACAUGAAACAGGCACUCAAGAUUAAUGUCAAGGAAGGCUGCGAAGUGGACAAUCCCUGUGACUCAAACCCUUGUCCUUUGCACAGCUAUUGUAGUGAUGACUGGGACAGCUAUUCGUGCAUCUGUGAUCCAGGGUACUUUGGGACAGACUGUGUUGAUGUGUGCAGCCUGAACCCGUGUGAACAUGUCUCCACCUGCGUCCGUAAGCCAAGCUCUUCUCAUGGAUACACCUGUGAAUGUGGGCAAAGCUACUACGGACAGUACUGUGAAAGCAAGAUUGAUUUGCCUUGUCCCAGAGGCUGGUGGGGAAAUCCCAUUUGUGGGCCAUGUAACUGUCAAGUUAAUAAAGGAUUUGAUCCUGACUGUAAUAAAACUAAUGGAGAGUGUCGUUGUAAGACAAAUUAUUACAGACCACAAAACAGUGACACCUGUUAUCCAUGUGACUGUUUCCCUUCUGGUUCCCAUACUCGUACUUGUGACAUGGAAACGGGACAGUGUCCCUGUAAACCAGGAGUAAUAGGACGACAGUGCAAUCGCUGUGAUAAUCCCUUUGCUGAAGUUACUGUUCAUGGUUGUGAAGUGGUUUACAAUGGAUGCCCCAAAGCAUUUGAGGCUGGCAUUUGGUGGCCGCAAACAAAAUUUGGGCAACCUGCUGCUGUGCCUUGCCCCAAGGGAUCAGUAGGAAAUGCUGUUAGACAUUGUAACAGUGAGAAAGGCUGGCUUCCCCCUGAACUUUUUAACUGCACUACCUUUGGCUUUGUGGAUCUGAAAAUCAUGAAUGAGAAGCUUCUCCGCAAUGAGACCAGCUUGGAUGGUGACAAGUCAGUGCAGAUAGCCAGGGUGCUUCAGAAUGCCACUAAUCACACGGACACCUUCUAUGGGAAUGACGUGCGAACAGCCUACCAGAUGAUGAUCAGGGUGUUGCAGUACGAGAGCCAGCAGCAGGGGUUUGAUCUGGCUGCAACAAGGGAUGUGGAGUUCAAUGAGAAUAUCAUAAAAGCAGGUAGUGCUCUACUGGAUCCUCGCACCAAAGAACAUUGGGAACACAUCCAGAGGACGGAAGGGGGCACCGUGCACUUGCUGAAACACUAUGAGAACUAUUUCAGCAAUGUGGCAAGAAACAUGAAGAAAACGUACAUGAAACCUUUCAUCAUCAUUGCCCCAAACAUGAUUAUUGCUGUUGACAUCUUUGAGAAGUCUAAUUUUACGGGAGCUAAAGUACCACAGUUUGAUGAGAUUAAAGAAGAUUAUCCCAGAGAUUUGGAGUCGUCUGUUUUGUUUCCUGAUACUUUGCUCAAAGCUUCCAGCAGAAAAGUGGUUCCUACAAUGAAGCCGUCAAAUCAUCGAUUGUCUUCUAAGACAGAAGAUGAUAUUUUUAAGAGCAAAAAUGUACUUUCAAAAAGAAAACGUCGGCAUCCAGAGGAGUCUAACCAGUUUGCUGUCGCCAUUGUGAUUAUAUACCGAACCCUAGGACAGUUCCUUCCUGAGAGCUACGAUCCUGACCGAAGAAGUUUAAGGUUACCCAAUCGACCUAUCAUUAACACCCCAAUAAUCAGCGCUAUUGUUUAUAGAGAGGGGGAGUCUUUAUCAAAUCUUAUGGAAAGUCCCAUUAUGAUUGAACAUGCCAUGCUGGAAACGGAAGAGAGAACAAAGCCCGUUUGUGUGUCCUGGAACCACUCAAUUGCAAUUGGAGAAACAGGAGGUUGGUCUGCAAGGGGAUGUGAACUGUUUUCUCGAACCCAGAGCCAUCUUGUUUGCCAGUGCAACCAUAUGACCAGUUUUGCUGUCCUAAUGGAUAUUUCUAAACGUGAAAAUGGCGAGGCACUUCCUCUGAAGAUUAUCACUUAUACCACAGUCUCCAUCUCGCUGGUAGCUUUGCUGCUCACCUUUAUACUUCUUGUGUUGAUCCGGACGCUGCGCUCCAACCUGCACAGCAUCCACAAAAACCUGGUGGCUGCUCUGUUCUUCUCAGAAUUAGUCUUCCUGAUAGGAAUCAAUCAGACAGAAAAUCCGUUUGUCUGCACUGUGAUAGCCAUUCUUUUGCACUACUUCUACAUGAGCACAUUCGCUUGGAUGUUCGUUGAACAGCUUCAUAUCUACCGCAUGUUGACUGAAGUAAGGAACAUCAAUUUUGGACAUAUGAGGUUCUACUAUGUCAUGGGCUGGGGGAUUCCUGCCAUUAUAACAGGUCUUGCUGUGGGUCUCGAUCCACAGGGCUAUGGGAACCCAGAUUUUUGCUGGCUCUCUGUUCAUGACACUCUGAUCUGGAGCUUUGCAGGGCCAAUUGUGAUUGUUGUGGUUAUCAACUUUGUAAUUUUCAUACUGGCCGUCAAAGCCUCAUGCAAACGAAGGCAACGUUCACUGGAGAAAACUGGUGUCAUUUCAGUACUACGGACUGCUUUCCUGCUACUACUGUUGAUCAGUGCUACCUGGUUACUGGGUCUGAUGGCAGUAAACAGUGAUGUAAUGACAUUUCACUACCUGUUUGCUAUCUUCAGCUGCUUACAAGGCCUCUUUAUCUUUUUCUUCCACUGUAUAUUCAAUAAAGAAGUGAGGAAACAUUUGAAGAAUACUUUCACUGGAAAGAAGCCACUUCCAGAUGACUCCAUGACAACAAGAGCUACCCUGUUAACUCGGUCUCUGAACUGUAAUGAUACAUACGUAGAAGAGCCAAAUAUGUAUCGCACCACUAUUGGGGAAUCCACAGUCUCCUUAGAAAGCACCGUCAGGUCAGCCAAGAGUCACAAUAGCUACCUUGCUUAUAUUCUCAGAGAUGAAGCUGCCCAGAAGCUUAGUGUGUCAAGCCAAGCAAGAGCUGGCCAUGUUGAAGGUGAUUCCUCCAUCUUCCGCAGAAAGCCAUCAAAAUCCAAUGAACAUGAUUCUGAUUCGGACAGUGAGUUGUCCCUUGAUGAACACAGCAGCUCAUAUGCUUCCUCUCACUCUUCGGAUAGUGAGGAAGAUGUGAUGGAUGCAGAAAAGAAAUGGAGUGUAGCCACCCCAGUCAACAAUGACCGGGCCCCAAUUCAUAGCACUCCCAAAGUUGAUUCAGUUCCCAACCAUGUGAAACCCUACUGGCCUCCUGAGGGUAUAGCAGCAAGUGACAGUGAAGAGCCAAACGGAAAGCAAAAGUUGAAAGUAGAAACAAAGGUUAAUGUGGAACUUCACCGGGAAAACCAAGCGAACCACAGCAGUGAAGCACCUCAGGACAAAGAGAAGGAAGGGCAGCAGAAGGAGAGCAAACCACCAGCCCAGCAGAACCAUCAGCAGCCAGAGCAGCGGAAAGGCAUAUUGAAAAAUAAAGUUACCUACCCUCCUCCAUUAGUGGACAAAAACAUGAAGAAUCGGCUACGGGAAAAACUGUCAGAUUAUAAUCAAACCACUAUCUCAUCCAGAACCACUUCUAUUGGGACUAACAAUGGAGUUCGCUCCAAUUCAGACUCUGGGGUAACAAUAAAAAACCCGAGGAGAGAUCAGCCUCCAGAACAAAUAAAUGGUUUAGCUAUGAAUGUCCACGUGGGAACAGUAACGGCUGAAACCUCAGAUUCUGAAGGCAGUAAUGAAACUUCAAUUUGAAUCAUCAGGAAAUUGUGAUGACUCUUGUGACAUGGAAGGACACCUUCACCGUGACAUCACUGGGAACCUCUUGAGUCUGCGUAUUCAUGUCCCAUAAUGACAUCACAUCUGGGGAACAUUUCAUAUUGCGGAAACUUGUGACUAUACUGCUUCCUAUGAGGCACUCACUAUGGCUACUUAGAUUACUAUCAGUGCCUGAUGGAUUGUGUAAAUUGUGCCAAAACACAUGGAGACCAAUAAAUGGAACUCACCAUUGGAGAAUUAUGCCUUUCAAAAAAAGUUGACAGAGCCAUAGCAUUGUUGCGAGGCCUGCCAGGCAGGACAGCACAUACCAAGAAGUGACUUAUUCCUGAAGAAUAAAUGCUCAAUAGUACAGCAGAACAUACCACCAACUAAGUACUACCUGCUCUUAAGACAGGGGUUUUGUCCAAUGGGAUUUCUACACUCAGGAGGAAAAAAAGAUCACACCAAGUGCCGCUUAAUUUCUUCAUCAGCUUCUACUCUACGCCAGCUUGUGGUGGACACUUUUGUCUUAAAAUACCAUAAUUUUGAGAUAUAAAUAUAUAUAUAUGUAGAUAAUUUUAUAUAUUUUGUAUUGUGAUCCUUUAAAAAGGUUCUUUUGUACAUUUCACAUAUAUACUGAUUUUCUUAAAUUUAAUAGCAGGAGAGCAAUUGUGAAAGAGCUUUGAUAUUUUUUAUAUUAAAAAAGAAUUGCACAAGUAUACUUGAAUUUGGCAUUUGAGGGGAAUGGGGGAAAAUGUAACUAAUGCUUGUACCAAGCCCAACUAAACUGUGAUGCAGUCUUUUUUUUAAAGGUUGGAAAGUGUCCUGGGACAUCCACAUUCAUAAGCAGAAUUUGUCAGAAAAAAUUGUCAUCUUUUAAAGAAUACAGUGUGCAUUUUUAUGGUCUCGACACCAACCAACCAACCACAACAAGAUAUAUCUGGUUCUAAUUUCUAUGGCAAUCUGACCUUUUCCCCACUUUUCUUCUAUGUGCAGACAUGUCCUUUUUACAGUGAUGUUCACAUCCUGUCCUUAGCAGGAUUUGAACUGUUCUUACAAGUAAAAAUAUUUUUUAAUAUUAUCAAUUGUUUGUAGUAAAUUUACGUAAAUUUUCAUGCUGGUCCACAUUUAACUUUGCUUUUCAAAAAAGCAAAAUACAGUAAUAAGCCUACCAUGGAAAUUGUGUAACGUUUCAUUUGCUUUUGCAACUGCUCUCAACUUUAUUUGCCAAAGCAGAACAGAAGAGGCCCUAAGGAGGCGUCAGUUCUAAUUCCCCAGUUAUUCAACAGUAUUUACAGGGUGGGUUUUGGUUUUUUUUUUUUGGGGGGGGGGUUACAAGUAAACUAAGUGUAAUUUUUCCAUGGAAGGUGAACAAAAAUAUUUGAACAAACUGAGGAGUAGCAUCUAUUUCUGUGGCGUUUACAAAGCAGGCUUAGAGUUUGUAUUAUAUUUUGAGGAUAUGUGUUUUGUAAGAUGCCUUUCACCUUGGCUAAGCCCUUCCUCCUUGGGGCACAAUCCAAUGGGAAUUUUGUUCUUGCACGCCCCUCUGGAACAAACCAAAGCUGUGCUAAGGUACAGCUGAAUAGCGGGUGCUAGAAGUCAAAAAGUCUUUCCUCCAAAUGAAAGAUUUAGCUAUAAGCUCUCCAGAGAGUUUUAAGCAAGGCUGACAUUCCUAGGGCCCUUUUCAUGCCUGAAAUAAUGAAAAUACUGGCAUACCUUAUAUUGCUCUUGUGUUGAUUAUUGUGAUUAUAGUAUAUGUGAAGUGCUUUAAAUACCAGACACUUAAAUUUCUGGUAGAAAUACUAAAUGUCUGCUUUUGAGGAACACACUCUUAUUUCAUGCUUUUCACUCUCAGCUAAAAAGGAGCAAGGAGGACAGCUUGACUCUUCAGGACCAUUGUACCGUUGAAGCUAUAAAAGUCUCAAAUGCUUCCUCAUCAGGUAGGGAGGGAGUCAGGGAUCAGUGACGUGGACUACCUGAUCCUCCUUCCCCCAGGGCUUUGAAUGACCUGUUAGAAACUCAUAACAGUUUCAGGAUCUUCUCUGAGGAAGCCUAGCAGCCCUGCCUGGGAGGUGGUUGUGGAGAACCUGGAGACAAAACCCAAGCCAGAAGGGCUGGUCUUUUCCAUACACACAAACAUUUAAAUUGAGUUACAGGAUUGAUUGCUGAUUGAUUUUCUUUGCCUGUAGUAAUAUAUAAACAGAAUUCCCAUUGGAUUGUGUCUGUUGCUUUUCACAACAUUUGAUCCCAUUUCCAGUUAAAUGGGUAUAUAUUUUGUAUAUAACAUUCAUUCUCCUAGCUACCAAAACAGUCUUUCUUCCUUGUGUGCAUGUAUAUAGAAAAGAGCAGAUUCAGGUCAGACAUAAAACAAUAUUAGUAAAAAAAUAGUAAGCAGAAUAAAUGAAAUAAAAUAUCCACCAAGCUUGCACAAGUUUUAAAAUAUUCUCAAGCAAUAGAUUUCAAUCAAUUUUCAGCUUUCUAAUUCAUUAUUGAGAAAGCAUGCCUACUAAUUGAGUGAUGCAAUAAUUAAAACAUAUCCUUUUAUAAGUAAAUAAAGCCUUUAUAGUACACAGUGGCAUAAUGGUCAUACAGGCUACAUGCCUUUUGCACUACAGAAUUUAUAUUUGUUUAAUGGAGAAGUUGUUAAAUUCAGUAUAAUUGUUCUGCACACUCUCCCCCUCUUAUUAUAUAUGCACACAUGAACAUGAAACGAAUUAGUAAAUUACAGAUGUAGAUGCAGAAGUGCCUUUCUAGAAACAAGGCCUGGUAGAUACUGGGCAGAUCCAUGAUCCACCAAUAUGUAGAAAGUCAUGGUCAUCAGAGUGUAUUCUUAAUUCAUACAAUAAUUUUGUCUCAUAUUUAUAAUACUUGAUGUUAGAACUCACAUUGUUGCCCUUGGUUUGUUCUUUUACAUAGAAGAUAUUAAUCCUAAGGGCAUGAAUGUGAUCCAGCUCAUUAAAGCACUCUUUCACCCCAUUGAUUUCAGUGGAAAAGUUAACUAUGUGCUUAAAUCUUUCUCUCUCUGAAAUUAAUGGGCCUUAAAAGUUCUUAACUUUGGUUAGUGUUUCCAUUGAAGAGAUUAUGAAUGCUGACGUGAGGUUUUUCUUGUAUUCAGAAGUAUACCAUGUUAUUUAAAGCAUGAGUCAUAAAUGGAUUUUUAACAAACAAAAAUUCAAUUUAUUUGGUCAUCUUUUACCAACCCUGUUCUUAAGAGACCUUUUCAGAGAGGAGAAUCUGGCUCUUUAAAAAAAUUGCUUUCUUGGUAUGUGAAACUUUGAUGUAAAAAAAGUUUUGAAUGUGUAAGUAUCUGCCUAUCAUCCUUGGAUAUAUGCUAAAUGAUGAUACAACUGUUUAAUUUGUAUGUGUAUAUUUUGCCCCAAUGAGAUGUAGUUAGCUAUUUUUUAUUAGAAUGGUUGCAGUAAAAGUGUCAGCUGUGCUAAUCACAGAAAAAGUGAGGAACUAUUUUUUACCAUUUAUGGCAGAUUAGACACUGGAGGGAUUUUUAAACAAAUGUCUAUUUAUUGAUGUGCAGAACACUGGAAUUCAAGCACAGCUGAGAGGAAAUGUUAACAAUAAAUUAAGGUUUCCAGUUUGUA